AUGCUUCCGCGUCCCCAGAUCGUCGUCGACAGCCCCGGCUUCGUAUCUGCCGGGUCGCAGCAGUCGGCGCCGUCGGUGCCGUCGCUGUACGUCACGCCCAGCGACACGGGCAACAACACGCCACAAAGAAGCAGCGACGGCUCCGCCUCGCUCGUCAAUAUCCAGGGCUCCGACCACCGACAUUACCUGUCUGUGCCCAGUGUUUCCGAACAGAUCUCGCCUACCAAGGUGCUGGUUCGAGGAGCUCGAGAUGCUCGUGGCAGACAACGUCGACAAGCGGCUCGAGAGCAUCGAGGCAGAGAAUAUGAACCUGUUGAAGGAGCUGGACUUCCGCGCGCAGGACCUGGAGCAGCUGAACAGGAAACUGGAGGAGAACCUGAACAAUCUGACGGGCUUUCUGAACCUGCUGGGGGCCAAGGAGCAGGAGAUCGAUCAGCUGGGCACGAACGACAUAUUCAGCAACCUGAACGACCUCAAUUCGCGGCUCGACGUGGUGAAGCGCGAACUGGGCGUCAGCAAGGCGAAACUGGACAAUUUCGACGCAGACCUUCGCGUUGUGGAGGGUCAGAAAAAGAGCGAAAUCAUCGCUCGCGGAGUGCAGCACAACAUGCUGCUUCUGGCGCUGCUGAGCGCAGCAUUCCUGAUAAUUAG